UCGAUCCGACUCCUCAUAGGGCGGGAGUUCUCCGUUUGAUUCAAACUGUUUUGGAAAGACUAGAAGCUUCUACAAUUCUACGACAUAACUGCAAAUUAACCCAGGCUUCAUCAGCAAAUGUUGCUGCUGACCGAUGGCACUAAUCUACAGUACAACCUCACGCCCACCACUGGUUUUUAGGACAAAUACCGAUAGAAACAGAUUCCUCCAAGGACCACUCUCGCCAACAAUCAACAGUAUUAAAGGUCUGGUUACUUAUGGAGAAAGUCGGAGGAACCCGCAAUAUCGUCUCCGAAAAAGGCCAAUCUUCUAUGGAUCACGAUUAUGAUACAGAAUCAUAUCCUAUUGUCAAUUGCGGCAAACCACUGCCCUUCCAGCAUAACAAGCGUCGCAGAUCAUCUACAGGGGUGGUGGAAACAUCAACACCUGCACCACCACCUGAAAUUGAAUUAUCGUCCACAUCACUGUCCUCUCGCGAAGCACGGCAAGUUAUUACGUCCUUCCCUACCUCUCCUGCCAAUCCUAUCAACUGGGCAACCAGAAAGAAAUGGACCAUAACAGCAAUUCUUGCAUUAACUGGAUUCAUUUCCACUGCAGGAAGUUCCAUCGGCGUACCUGGGCUACAUGCAGUAAUGUCUGAAUUCGGAGAGACAAACGAGAAGAUAGGAGUUCUAAUCGCUGGUGCCUAUGUUCUAGGUCUAGGAACCGGACCAUUUGUGUUUGCACCAGUGUCGGAGCUCUAUGGACGGCAAAUAGCCUAUAUCUCAAGCCAAAUAUUCUAUGUCUUGUUCACCUUGGGAACGGGUUUCACUCAGAGCAUGACAGCACUUAUCAUUCUACGAUUUUUUUGCGGAUGUUUUGCUUCUCCUCCGCCAUCUCUAGGUGUGGCGACUUGCGCUGAUAUGUUCCUACCACAUGAAAGAGGCAAGCCCAUAUCAUUGUAUGCUCUAGGGCCGAUUGGCGGGCCCAUCAUUGGCAACAUGAUAGGCUACUGGCUAUUGUUCGGGGGAUGGAGAUGGGCCUACUACUUUAUGACAAUAGUUGCGUUUUUCAACUUUGUAUUGAUGGUCUUUUUCCUCAGGGAGACCUAUGCUCCUGCUAUUCAAAAGAUCAUGGACUAUCAGAUUACUCACCCACUUUCUCCUUCGACUUCCAGGCGGAGACAUCAUCUGCCAAAGUUAACCUGGAUGAUGGCGAUGGUCUCAAAAGAGGACGCGAAAGCAGUCUAUGGCAGGGCAUUUUCACGUCCCCCACGAUUGCUGUUUACCAACCCGGUUGCGUUUGCUUUCUCUUUGUAUUACGCUUAUGUGUACGGUAUAAUCUAUCUUUUUUUGGUGGCUUUACCUCUCUUGUACGGCAAGCCGCCAUUUAGUCAGCCCGCCUUGUUUUCAUACGAAUGGCCUUUGGCCACAAUGGGUUUACCAUACAUUUCUAUGGGCUUGGGCUUCGUGAGUGCGGUGGCCAUAGCCUCCCAGUGUCAAGACCGUAUAUACAAACACUUUUCAAAGAUUAAUGGUGACAACGGCCAGCCAGAAUAUAGACUCGUACUGACUCAAAUAGGCAUGUGUAUCAUGCCAAUUGGACUAUUUAUUUUUGGGUGGACAGCGAACGCAGAAGUACACUGGAUGGGACCUUUCGUGGGCCAGGCUGUCAUGGGAAUUGGGUUGAUGCUAGCAUUUAACACCAUCCAGAAUUUCUUCGUGGAUGCUUUUUAUCCUUACUCUGCUGCAGCCGUAGCCGGGGCAACUGCUGCUCGUUCGGUUGUGGCGUGUAUCAUGCCGCUCUUUACGACCACCAUGUUUGUAAAGCUUGGAUGGGGGUGGGGUGGUACCCUUAUCGCCUGUAUAGCCAUUGUCGGAAUACCGGCGCCAAUGAUCAUGUUCUUUUUCGGGCAGAGGUUACGAGAGCGUUAUGCCUUCCAAGGGUAGCUUUUGGUAGACCCCUGGUAAACUUUGGACAUAAAUGAUGAUAAACAUUAGGCUCUACAACAUGAGAUAUUUGAGAACAGCGCAUGAACUGAUGUAAAGUG